CAUUUCAUUAGCAUUUUGAAGACUUACAACACUGCCCAGAGAUAUUCAUAUAGAUGUAUCUUUUACGAUAGUUCCGCCUUAGCUAUUCAGAAUGUGCCAGCCCUAAGCUCUGCCCACUUUGUCAUCCCUAGGACGCCAGCCCGACGCAAUAGUUGUUUUUAUCCGUAAAAGUUGCUGCUGCUCUAAAAUGAGCAUCAAAACAGAGUUAAACAAUUCGGAUCUGAACAUAGAACUGCUGGCUCCAGAAACCAUACUAAAAACUGAUGACGACAAUGCAGUGUCGGGGCGCAUUUUAACACAGCAGCAGCAACAGAAAAAGGUUACGGUGGAUCCAGUCGACUCCCCAUGCAAAGCGGACGAGCUCAUGUCGCUGGAAACGCUCCGCGAAUCGCCGGUACAAUGGCCCGAGAGAUUUCCUGGCAUGGAUGAAUUCCUCACAAUGUGCGACACACCUAUGUACUCACCCAGCACGGAACCACCGAGCACCCUGACCGCCGAGGACAUGGCAAAGAUAAACCGUCUGUCCAAGAUGACGCCCGAUGAAUUGAUAGCGAAGAUCAAGAGCAUGCAUGAUGAAAUCUACCAACUGGGCCUAAUGGAGGCCAAGGAGAUGUCCCGUGGCAAGCUGUUGGAAAUCUUCGAUUGUAAUCGUAAUCCCAAGCGUCACAUCUGACCCAAAUUACGCCAUUUCAGAGGCGUAUGGGAUGGGACCACCCUCCGACCAUUUCCUGGUGCCCAUCCAAAGAAUCCUUAGUUUUGUUAAUAUACACCACAUGCGCACCCUAUACUAUUGCACGCCCUACCCACAACCUAACGGCAAUAUAUAUUUAUAUUUAUAUUGUUAAUUUUUGAUAAUAAUAAUAAUUGCCUGCAUAAAAUAUGCACGCCGCGACAAACCAAGAGAAUGUUAGCUAUAAGAAUUGUACAUUGAAUACACAUUUUUAAUACACAGA